AUGGUCUCUGCUGCCCGGUCAGUGUCGCCGGCGGCUGCCGAAUUAGUGCCGCCCUCAAACGGAAACUACCACCACCGCCGCAGCUACGAACCCGAAGACGACGACGAUGCCGAUUCAUACAAUGCUGUAGACCGUAGCUCACACAGUCCGUCAACAGCAAGUGUCGAACUCGUUGCGCGAGGGCGAUCAUCCCGCUCUCUAUCCACAUCGACAACCGCGAGUAAGGGGAGCUUUCGUUCCAAGAUGCCCUCAUGGGUGACAAACAUGGGACGACGGACGCUGGGAAUCGUACUGCUCCUGGUUGUGGUAUUCCUAUGGACGGUAUCCAACUUCCUCGCCAGCGUCAUGUUCGCCGAUGGCUCCUACAACAAGCCUUUCUUCCUCCUCUACGUCAACAUCUCCAUGUUCGCCCUCGCCCUUAUACCUAUGGGGAUUCGACAUGUUAUGCAGUAUGGGUGGCCGGCAUCAAAACGACAGCUGGUAGAGGCUUGGUACGAAAUACGACAGGGCAGGUCAUACCAAAAGGUCGCCAUGGUCGACGACGAAGACGCGAGGGCAGGCGAGAGCCUUUUGAUCGACGACACCGGCAGCCUCAAAUCCAACAAAUGUGAGCAGCUCAGUUUGGCCGAGACCUUCUGGCUCAGCCUCGAGUUCAGCAUGCUCUGGUUUGCGGCCAACUACUUUGCAUCAGCAUGUCUCGAGUACACCAGUGUCGGCAGCGUGACGAUCUUGUCAUCAACGAGCAGUAUCUGGACUUUGAUCUUCUGCGCGCUGGCCGGCGUGGAGGGUUUCACGGUGCGGAAACUUUUGGGAGUGCUGGCGUCGCUGGCCGGCGUGGUGCUCAUCUCGUCGUUGGACAUGAGCGGCGCGAGUGACGAGAUGCGAGGAGACUUCCCGGAGAAGUCGAGGACGGAAAUUGCGAUUGGCGACGCCAUGGCCUUUUUCAGUGCCAUUGUGUAUGGCGUUUAUGUGACGGUGAUGAAGAAGAGGGCCGUUGAUGAGGAUCGAAUCGAAACUUUCGAACUACCGCCAAACGGCACGACUUGGGCCAUUAUCUGGAUUAACACAAUCUCUUCGUUCUUCAGCGAUAUCAUUUGGGCAUACGCCAUGCUUCUUACCACACCACUUGUCGUUACCGUCGGCCUGUCUCUUACAAUACCACUAUCGCUUAUUGGCGAGAUGAUCCAAUACCACCAAUACUCCAGCUGGAUUUAUUGGGUCGGAGCUGGUAUCGUGGUCUUCUCCUUUGUGUUUGUGAACAACGAGAGCCACGAGGAAGGCAAUGGUAAUGGAGAAUGCAAAGCGAACGAUAAGGAGCAACAGACAACAGCUGAGGUGAGGAACGUUGUGGGAGGGUCGAGCACUUCCGACGCAGCUAUCGCUGUCUAAUAUGUCGGGAGAUUUCGCGGAUGACUUCUUGUGCAGAGCGUGGCAUCUUUUGGAUAUUGCAUAUAAUGAUGCGGGCGUUCUUAUUUGUUUUUUUUU